GACUGUUGCUGUCGCCGCCGCUGCUGCCGCAGUCGACAGUGAACCGUUACGAGCGAUGGAAGGCAGCUUUUCCAGACCGUGAGCCAAGUGUUAUUCCCAAAAAGUCAAAAACUGAAAAGUAGAAAACAAAGACGGAGAUCAGAGUGCGAAGUAAAUUUUUGGCAAGUGCGUCGUCCAUUUUGUCUGCUCUGGACCUGUGUGUGUGUGUGUGUUGCACUUGUGUUGGCGUGAACUUCCGGUCCAGUCAGUCAACACGUAUUUUUGGCCAAGACAGGAGUGAAUGACAGGCAAACAAGAGCCGAGGAAUAAGGCUAACAGGAAGGACAACAAGCCGCAGCGAAUAUAACGGAAUAAAAGCGCGCGCAACAGACGCCACGCCCCCUCGCCGCCUCCCCAAAAGACUGUUUCCGCCGCAAAACAAAGAGGACAUCAAAAAGGACAUCACUGAAAAGGAAGACGCAUGUGACGAACGACGAGAGAAGAGGCCCUAAAAUAUAAAUUCGACCAAUUUGUGCAACCAAAAGUCUUGAAAUUCAACUGCUGCUGCAAACCGUAUGACUGAUUUUCUCGUUCAACCAACAGCUUGAUUACCUCCUUAGGCACUUUGUACUACCUAGCGCUAUAUAUACUAUAAUAUAAACCUAUAUACACACCUAUAUACAAAUGGAAAACCAAUAACUCCGCCUUUGGAGCUAGUUCUUAUAAGCCGCGCUAGAAUCUAACCCAGAGACCAGCUAAAAACUAGCAUUAAAGAGCCCCAAAUAUCAGCGAGCAUAUCUAAGGGAACCAAACACAUACCCGAAUAUCUGACAGAUCUGACCGAGAGCGAGAGCGGGGAAUGCAGCGGUGUCCCUACAUUCAUGAGAUGCGGGAACGAUUGCUGGACCAACCGAGGGAGACACUUCAGCUGGAGAACAUGGAGCGGGCCAAUCUGCUCGAGAACCGCCAGUCGGCAUCCGAGUCCAACCAGCUACAAGGCGAUACCUACCACACGAGUCCCGCCCACCAAAGGACUCCGCUAGUUCCACAUGAUCUUGGCGAGGACUUUAAUUUGGAUUUCGACGACGACUUUCCCAUCGAUGUGCGACGACCGAAAAACGCCAACGGCAAACAUCCACCGGUCCUGAUGCGUCCGCAGCCAAGGACAUCGCUCUUCAUUGUGACCAGCCUGGUGUACGCGAUCCUCCUGAUCGUCGUCUGCAUCGCUUACGUAAUCAGUGACGUAACCACCCACCGCCUGCCGGUGCUCUACUACGAGACAUUCUUCACCUAUCUGUACGGCGUCAGCAUACUCUUCCUCCUCUACGUCUUCUGUUUCCUGCUGCAGGAAAGCUCUUGCUGCAACGGCGGCAACGGUGGCAGCAAACCGAAACCCCAGCCCAAGGAGAAAAAGUCGAAGAAAGCCAAGAAUGCCGAUCCGGCCGAUUCGAAGGACGCGAAGGGCUCUAAGGACUCUGGCAAGGCUGCCAAGGGCGCCGCCUAUCAGGAAGCACCCGUGGAUGCCGAGGUGGCCGUCACCCCGAAGAAUGUGCGAAAGAGGAAGACCACUCACAGCGAUCCCACCCAUGGCAGUUUCUUCCUGCGAGUAGGAGCCAUAGCCUUCGGUCUUGGUGCCAUGAUCUACAUUGGACUGGAGUUUGGCUCCUUCUUCGAGAUCCCCUUCGAUUCUCCGUGCCACCACAUCCUGAUCGGAGUCAACCCCCUCCUGCAGAUGAUCUUCACCUUCAUGCAGAUGUACUUUAUAUUCAUGAACGCCCGGACUAGGCCGCCAUUUCAGCUGAACAUCCACCGAUUCAAGGUGAUUGCCCGCUUUGGUCUGAUGCACGUGGUGGCCACCAACAUUUGCGUGUGGAUCCGCACCCUGGUCAAGGAAUCCCUGCUGGAGAUCACUAUUUACCACCAGAAGAACGACCCCGAGCCUGGUGCCUCCUCCAUUGCCCAUUCGAUCAGGCAGCAUGCCCUGCGCCACGCCGGCACAGUGCUCCGGACCCAUGCCGGACCCAACAGCGAGUUCGAGGUGUUGGACGGUGAGGACAUCCUACCCAAGGACGUCUACAAAACGGACAACGUCCUGUCCAAGCUGGUCCGCAACACGGUCGAUGGUAUCUCCAAGAGCCUGGGAAUGGGAGGCGACUCCGUGACGAGCACCACCACCAGUACCACCACCACAACCCGGGCGCCGUACACCACCCCGGGCUACCAAUGGCACAGCACUACUAUGGCCCGCAAGCUGAAGAAGUUUAUCACCAGCGCCACCACCGCGGCCACCAAUAGCAUCUCCGGCGGCGGCAGCACCUCCACCAGCUCAUCCACCAGUACAUCCACCACCACCACCACUACGAUUCCGCCUCCAUCUAGCACCAGCACCUACAUCCCAUCAUCAUCGACCUUCACCACCGCAUUCCCGUCAUCGCCGUCGCAGUCGGCCGGAAAUUUGGAGACCAGCAGCAGCUUCAGUGGCCUACAGCGAAUCCUCUCCAGCGCCGCCGCGCCAGUCGACGGGUUCGGUCCGGCAUCUACCGCCAGUUCGGGUACGGGUGCGGGUACGGGACUGGACGCCUUUCUUGCCAGCAGCCUCAGCCCGGAGAGCAGCACUCAGGGCCCGGGCGCCAGCAUCAUGAACAACCUCUUCGGCCAGGGACCCAUGGAGAAUAGCUUCCAGACGUACACGGACUUUGGCCACGAGGAGUCCACCGGCCUGGUCAGCUUCGAGAAUCUGGAGAGCCUCGACAAUAUCUAUCCGGCGGCCCUGUCCUCCAACAUUGGUACACUCAACUCCACCGCCUGUGGACGCAUCGAUAUUAUGGGAACGAUUGUCUACGACUCGGCCCCGUAUCUGUAUCCGUUCAUCAUCGAGUACUCUUUGAUCGGGGCGGUGGUGUUGUAUGUGAUGUGGAAGCACAUCGGCCGCUACCCGGGCCGGAUGAACGACGAGGACCUGGAGCACCGGCUGGAGGUGAUGCUCUCCCGGCGGGCGGUGGCUAUGGCUCAGCAGGCGCGUUCCGGACGCGUCGACUGCGUUGGCUCGUCGAAGGGACUCUUCUUUGGGCUGCUGCUGCUGGUCGGGGCCCUCAUCUGCCUGAUACUCUUCUUCGUCUUGGUGCGCCAUCAGCAGUUCUCGCUGUUGGCCAUCUACCUGGCCGAUGCCAGUCAUUGCAUCCUGAUGGCCUUCGCCAUACUGGCCAUAAUAGUGGGCUUUAUCAGAGUCAAGAAUCUCAAGUUCCGCUGCGAGGAGCAGUCGAACCUCAACGACAUCUUGCUGCGCAUCUCGGCCUUUGGAUUGUUCACCUACUCCGUGUUCAGCAUCAUAGCCGGCAGCCUGAAGGUACUGGAGAGCGAGCCCAGUCUAUUGGUGACGACUACCGGCGGAGUUGCCGUCUUCCAGGUGAUCCUCCAGCUGCUAUUCAUUGCGGACGUGUCCCGGCGACGUGUCCACCUGCCGGAGCACGACAGGAGCAAGCCCGGCCGCCAGAUCGUCACCUUCCUACUCAUCUGCAACGUGGCCAUGUUCGCCAUCUACACAUUCGAAGCUCAAAAAGUAUUCGCCAAUCCUGUAAGUAGAUAUGUUCAGCUGGAGUUCUACGGAUUUGUGCCCUGGUCGAUCAUCCAGCGCAUCACACUGCCCCUGUGCAUCUUCCAUCGCUUCCACAGCGCUGUGACACUCGCCGAGAUCUGGAAGACCACCUACAAGGCACGCCUGGAGUAAGCUGGAUCGUAAAUAUAUACAGACACAUAUAUCCCGGCACACAUACGUAUGUCCUGGCCAUAGCAGGACGUGGCAGUUAUGGGAAUUAUGAAAAUGCACCAAAAAUUAAAAAAAAAAAACCCAAAAUGUAGCGAACCCAAAACGCAAAAACCAAAACCGAAACCGAAAUCAAGUGAAAAGUUAGUUUCUAAUUACGUAUUAAACAUAUGCAUACUACAUAUAAUAUAUACAUUAAUGCAUAUAUGAAUAUAUUGAUUCUAUUUUUUCCGUCGUCGUUUUCGUCUUUAGUUACGCAUAUGCAUAGGUUAUCUAAGUUCAAAAACAAUAAAGAAUAAACAAAACAUUUAAACAAGAAACCAAAGCGAGGUAAUCAAGUAAAGUGAAAAGAAAAUUUAAAACCGAAAACGAUAACGAACCGAUCGGACCACAAGCUUAAAUCGAAAAGUUUACGAAUAACGAUAAAAAGGAUAGCGAUAACAAAUUUAAAUCGCUUUGCAAAGUCGCUUGUUGAUUUUUGAAACCCCCAUCCCCAAUUCCCCGUAAACAUACAUUAUUUUUUUUUUAUCACUUGAAAAACUUAAGAACUAAGUCAUAGCGUUUAUGCUGCCUGAGUUAUAUGUUUAAAUAUUGUUUAGUUUAUAGUUUCGUUCAUAACACGCUGCAAUACCUUGUUACUAAACAAAACCAAACGAAACGCAAAUUAAUAUAAAUUUUGUAAUUGUUUUACCAUUAUUUAAAAAUUCAAAAUUAAAAAAAAAACGACAAAAUCAAUUAAAAUUUACUUUUCGAAUAAGAAGUUAUUCUGAAGAAAAUGGUUGUUUACUUUCGCGCGUUUGCGACUCUGCGAUUGAGAUUUUGAGUGUGCUCAACGAGUAGGUAAGUCCGGCGGAAGACUCCCCGGAAAACCCCAAAAAAAAAAACAAAUAACAGAAAACAAAAACACACAGAUACAGACAGGGAAAUGCAAAAUGCCAUGAAGAAGAACGCAGCCACAGGAAACGGAAAC